UCGGCGGCUGCCGGCCGGCCGGCAGCCCUGAUAGAAUCUAGGCUGCGGUGCGCAGUCGCUCGCCCGGGCCGUCGCAGCCCGGCGGAGAGCUUCUCCGAGGCCGGCAGAGGAGACACCGUUGAGCCCAGGGCACGCCCGGCCGUGUGUAACCCUGUCUCGUCCGGCCCCGUCCUCGGCGUCUGUAAGUGUUCGGGGAGGGGGACCCUAAGGUUCAGCACCGCCCUCCUGAAGCUGCGAAGUGGCUCUCGGAUCCCGGCAUUAUGAAGGCCUCGGAAUUUUCCUCGAGAGCAGCAUGUCUACCGGAAGGGGCCGGAGCGAGCGCGAGAAGCAGAGCUACCGCUAUCGCUUUGCGGUGCCUGUAAGACAUCCAGGGCCCAGAGCCGCGGCCGGGACCCCAGGUAGCACCUCAUAUUUCCUUGUAUCUGGAACGUAGUUUUGCCCCAUUCUCCAACUCCGAAGUAAAAUAGAAAGAGGGCGGUCGCCUGGGGCAGCCCCUUGGUUCUUUUAGCCAUGAAAGCAGAGGUAGUGUCCUCGUUACAGGAGACCCCAGCUAUGUCCACCUGUGGCUUCAGUAACCUGCUGAGUAGCCGAAAGCUGAUGGCUGUGGGGCUUCUGUUGGGCUGGCUCCUGUUCAUCCACUUUCUAGUCAAUGUGUGGCUUCUCUGCCUUCUGUCUGCAUUACUGGUAGUGCUGGGAGGAUGGCUGGGCCCAAACGCCAUUGUGGGGGCUUCAGGUCGACUGCACCUGGAACGCUUCAUCCCAAUGGUCAUCUGCCCUCCAAACCCCGAGGCAGAGAGGCAACUGGAACAGGAGAUCAACCGCACCAUCCAAAUGAUUAUUCGGGACUUUGUGUCAUCCUGGUACCGCUCAGUGAGCCAGGAGCCAGCCUUUGAGGAAGAAAUGGAGGUUGCCAUGAGAGGGUUGGCCCACGAGCUGCGGAGGAGGAUGGGCAUGGUGGACAGUCAUGCUCUUGCCCAAAGGGUUCUGACUCUCUGUGGCUGUCACCUGCAGAACUUUAUUCAGGCAAAGGCCACAGCGAGGAAGCAGAGUGGUACAGUAGAGCCCUCCCAACUCUGGGAGGCUUACUGCCGGGCUGCUGCCCCACAUCCUGCUGUACAAAGCACCAGUGCUGAGGUCGCCUAUACACGGGGCAUUGUGAAUUUGUUGCUUCAAGGACUAGUGCCAAAGCCCCACUUGGAGACCCGGACAGGACGCCAUGUAGUGGUGGAACUCAUCACUUGCAAUGUGAUCUUACCACUGAUCCACAAGCUGUCAGAUCCUGACUGGAUCCACCUUGUACUGGUGGGCAUCUUUUCCAAGGCCCGAAAUAAUCCAGCAGGAGUGGUUAAACCACUCUGCCCAGCCAGUGCCUUGGAACAGCCCUCAGUGCCCACAUCUCUGCCACUGAUCAUUGAGGUACAGAGUCUGCCAGAAGUGAGAGCCCCUUCUCCAGCAGCAGCCCCAGUGCUCCUAAAUUGUAAUGAGCCAGAGGGACCUUCACGCCCCUCCCCAGAAGUUGAAGAAAGCCACGAAGCUAUAGAGGGAGAUUUAGGUGCAGUGCCAGAAGAAAGAAAAGCAAGAAACAACUCAUCUCAUUUCCUACAGCCAGAUAUCCGAGGCCCUCUGUUCUUAUGUGAAGACACAGAGCUGGAGUCUCCAUUGUCUGAACUGGGCAAAGAAACCAUCAUGCUCAUGGCCCCAGGCAACUUCCUCUCUGACAGGAUCCAGGAUGCCCUGUGUUCCAUAGAGGGUUCCCAGUCUCUGGAAUGUAAGGAUGGUGAGGGAUCUGAAGGGACUGAGGAAGUUCCAGGAACACAAACAGAGACAGGCCUGCUGGUCUCCGUGCUGAAUACCUGCCCAGAGAUCCAGAUUGACACAGCAGACAAGGAGGGAGAGCAAGGAGAUGUCACAUCUUAUACAACUUUUCUAGAGAGUCCAGUAAAGACCUGCCCACCACGACCGUCAUGCUUACAGAAGGAUCUUACCAAUAGUGUCAACUCCCUAGAUUCUAGUCUGCUUUCCUCUUCUCCAUCCGGUCCUCUCAGCUCAGCCACCUUCAGCUUUGAGCCCCUGAGCAGUCCAGAUGGCCCAGUUGUCAUCCAGAACCUGCGGAUCACUGGCACCAUUACAGCUCGAGAGCACAGUGGCACUGGAUUCCACCCAUAUACUCUCUACACGGUGAAGUAUGAGACAGCCCUUGACAGUGAGAGCAACAGCAGCCUGCAGCAAUUGGCCUACCACACUGUGAAUCGCCGCUACCGUGAGUUCCUGAAUCUGCAGACUCGUCUGGAAGAGAAAUCAGAUCUACGAAAGUUCAUCAAAAAUGUGAAGGGUCCUAAAAAGCUCUUUCCAGAUCUUCCAUUUGGAAACAUGGAUAGUGACAGAGUAGAAGCCCGUAAGAGCCUCCUGGAAUCAUUCCUAAAGCAACUCUGUGCCAUUCCUGAGAUUGCUAACAGUGAGGAAAUGCAGGAGUUCCUUGCUCUGAACACAGAUGCUCGUAUUGCCUUUGUCAAGAAACCGUUCAUGGUCUCCAGAAUAGACAAGAUGGUGGUGAGUGCUAUCGUGGACACCUUGAAGACAGCAUUUCCUCGCUCUGAACCCCAGAGCCCCACAGAGGAGCUGAGUGAAGCCGAGACAGAAAGCAAGCCCCAGACAGAAGGCAAGAAGGCUAGCAAGUCCAGACUGAGGUUCUCAUCCAGUAAAAUUGCUCCAGCACUGAAUAUGACUGAAGUACAUGAGAAAAUUCUCUAUUGUCUUCAGGAAGACAAUGUGGAGUCAGAGAUCUUAUCCAUGUCUGGGAUGGAAUCUUUUAUUGAAAAACAGACAAAAUUACUGGAAAUGCAGCCAGCAGAAGUCCCAGAAAAAGAUCCUGAACAUAUCCGCAAAGGAUGUGUAGAUGGCUCCUUGUCAGAUACAGCUGUGCCUGCCCCAGACCUUAGCAACAGUGAUCCAGAAACAGAGACAGAGUUAGCUGACACAGCCCUGGAUCUACUCCUCUUGCUGCUAAUGGAACAGUGGCAAUGGCUAUGUACAGAAAACAUACAGAAAGUUCUUCAUCUUGUCUUUGGGACCCUAAUUCAGAGGUGGCUAGAGGUGCAGGUAGCUAAUCUAACGUGUCCACAGCGCUGGGUGCAGUACCUCCGACUUCUUCAGGAGUCCAUCUGGCCUGGUGGGGUUUUACCUAAGUAUCCACAGCCUGUAAGGACCCAAGAGCAAAAGGUGGCUACUGAGAAACAGGCUCUGCAGAGCCUCAUGGGAGUCCUGCCAGAUAUCCUAGUAGAAAUCCUUGGGGUGAACAAAUGCCAGCUGAGCUGGAGUCUAGUCUUGGAGUCAUUACAGCAACCCCUCAUCAACAGGCAUUUGAUUUACUGCCUUUGGGACGUCAUCCUGGAAUUCUUGGAUCUCAGUGCCUCAGUUGAGGAAUCUACAGUGACCACUUCUGCCUCAGAUACCACAGGCAACCCCAAGAGGAUGGGCGUCUUCCCUUAACCAUAGGUUAUUCACCUGUUCUUCGAAGGUUAGGAAAGGAGCGUUACUCCACCACCCAGACACCAACCAGUCAGGAAGCCUGUGCCUUGGAUCUUGGCUGUAGCUCAGAAGACAUGGGUCUCAGUGGCACAGUUUCUCCCCUCAGUUCUCCUCCAUUUGUAGCAGGUGAUAGGAGGAUAUAUGUACCGAUUGCAUGCAUGUCCAUUGCCAUACCUUUUAUUGUGGUGUUUGAAGUGUCGCUAGUGGGUUGGGUAGAUCCUGUUCUUUGGAAAAAGAAUCCGUGAGUGGAGAAAGGAGCCCUUUUUGUACUCCUCAUAAGAUUUUUCGCCAAUGGCCUGGCCCUGUGCAUACGUAUACCUAAUCUACCAACACGCAAGCUCUAGAUAGACCAAGAAAAAAAGAGCCAAAUUUCCUUGGAGGAGAAGACAAUCUUCUGAGCUCUCUGUUCCCACCAGGAAACUGGGGAUUCAUUGAGGACCACUCUUGAAAGCCAGACCCCUGAGUUCUAUCUAGUUUCCCAACAAUUCCAGGAAAGAAAGGGAAAUAUUUCUUAAGGGACUUCUUGCGCAUUGGCUGUUUUCCAACACAUGAGCCCUAUAGAGAAUGUCAUGGUGGCUGCACUUUUCCUGUCCAGAAGACUUCAAAGCAGACUGCCAAAGCUUCUGGUAGAUCCACCUGCCCCUCUAUACCCUUUUCUGAAAGAAAAUCACACCAAGGAUUUUAUUUAUUAGCUUUGUUCCUAACCCCUUCCCCAAGAGCAGUUGAGUUUUGUCUUUUGUGACCUCCUCUCUGUCUUCUUUCAACAAGAUCGCACAUCAAUUUUCAUGUUUAGUUAAGUGCUUCCAAGGGGAAGGGAAACACUUGCUCUAACUGCCGAGAAUGCGCAGGCAGUAGGAAUCCCAGGAAUGACAGAGUUCUCUCUUCACAAGUCUCCAGCAGGGAACUUUUAGUCAGAUCCAAUAAUAUUAGCAAACUUGCAGGAAAUUGAUUGCCCACAAAAAGCUUUUUACUUCUGUUCUUAAUCGAUCUAAUUGGUCUUUAAAAACAUCAGUGAUGAAGUCAAAGGUGCCAUGUCAGGCGGCAGUGUCUAUUAGAAAAAUGGAACAAUUAGGAGAAAGUGUUGGUAGUGAAGGAGGCAGAGGGACAGUCAUAAGGGAAGUGCUACACAUUAAAUGCAUGUGAAUAACUGACAAAAACAGUUUAAAGGGAAUUACUGCCUGCGAGACCUUUGCUGACCCCUCAUCCUUUAGCACUGGCCUGUGGAUCCUCCCAUUUGGAGGAGGGUUAGACUGACAACGGGUGUCUAAAACAAAUGUCAAGUUUCUCUUAAACACUGAAGUAGGUGGCGUACACACAAUUAAAGUGGUUUGUGGAAGAAAGUCCUGAAAUCUUUUUACUCCCCCAUACACUCCCAAGAACUACCCCUCCUCUGCCCCAAGGCUUUUAACCAGAAAAUGUGUGCUGCUGUAAUGGUGAGGCUUUAGGCGUGUUAUUGCCUAAAGACCAGGAGAUGAAUGAAAUCCUGUCUCCUGGAGCCAUCUAACCUUAGAAGUUGAUCCUUAACUGAUUUUAUGGCUACAAAGUUCUACAAGCAUCUACCUUAGACUCUCGCAGGCAGAAGGAUCUCAGCUUGGCUGUCUUUGGUGAGUGCAGUGGUGAGGAAUUGCAGAGAGUCCAGCCGACUUAUUGGAGCUAAUCCUUUACCUCUAUGUAGGGCCAGGGUGCUCUUCUGGACAGGUGGAGUCCUGACUUCUACCAUCUCUCCCCAUGCUUUAUCCUCAUGUGUACAUAACUACCUAUACUGCUUCAAAUCUCUGCUACUACUUCUGACUCAGAAGUGGUACAAAACCAGUACAUAAACCGACACACCAGAAAAAUCCUUGUGGCUAUAAAUUCUACGGAAUCUUUUGACACUUCCAACCAAAGAAGACUUCUUUGUAUUUAAUGUUAUAUAAGAGACCACACCUGUACUCUCUCUGCCCCAAAAAGAUAAGCUGUCCUCAUUCCCUCCUUCUACCCAGAGGGGAAAUAAUGGAUAUCUCCAAGGAAAUAAUCAAAACCCAUCUGGCUUUGAAAUAACCUGCCAACUUGUUACUUGGGUAACAAGUUCAGACAACAAGGGAGAUCAGCAUUUGGGAGAGAGCCACAGGUACCAGGAAAAGAUACUUCCAGCUUAGAGUGAUAAAAGGCAAUGAAGAACUGGGCCUGCACUAUAACCUACAUAUUUUUUAUCCUUUUUUUGCCCUACCCAAUCCAUUCAUUUUCCUACUACCACUCUUCCCUUUCUUCAUUGCACCCAACUACAGUUGUUAGGUUCUGGGUGGAGUAAAAAUAUGUGUAAACAUGAUCCUUGGCAGUAGGAGUUAGGAUGCUUUAGACUAAAACUACUAGGAGAAUUUAUUUCCUUCCAUAAAAUUAGUAGCUGAGUAGGUAAGCCCCCAGGGUUGAUGGAUUCAGCAAUUUUGACCUCAUAAAGGGCCCAGAUUUUUUUUUUCUUUUCAUCUUUCUGCUCUGCCAUUGUGAACUUGUGACUGUUCCCAGACCAUCUACCUUUAUGGUUUCUGCAGUUUGGGGCAUCACAUUUAUACAAAACAGUAUCUGUGAAAGAAUAGGGGCAUCUCUCUUUUUCUUUUUAAAGAAUGAGGAAACCAUUCCCAGAAGCCCUUCAAGAAUCUUCUCAUGAUUCAUUGGCCUAAAAAAAAUCAUUAGAUGUUAGCAAUGAAGGAGCAGAGAAUAGGUAUUUAUAGACAGUGUCUGUUACAGGGGUCAUUCUACCAACAUCAGCGAAUCCCCCAUGAUACUCUAAAAAUACCUGGUACUAGCUAAGAGGUGACAUUUGCUGAAGGGGCUGCUUGAAGCAUUUCACAUACAUUAAUUUUUUUAACCCACACAUCAACCCUGUAAGGUAGGUUCUGUUAUAUAUCCUCAUUUAUAGGUGAGGAACAGAAGAAGGCACAGAGAGGUGACUUGCCCAUAAUCACUGGCAAGGAAAUGGCAGAACCAGCCGUAAAUCUUGUUAGUCCAUCCUCAAGCCUGUAUCAUAACUUAUACUAGUCUGUAUGCUUACAAAGCAAAAUAAGACCAUGUUCUCACUUUUAAGAAACCUAUGGUUUAGUAGAUGAGCCAGCACACUUUUGGUUGGGAGCCAGAGAAUAAAUAUUUUAGGCUUUGUGGCCAUAUGGUGAUUUCUUGCAACUACUCAGCCCUUCCAGUGUAGCAUAAAAGCAUAGACAAUACAUAUACAAAUGACUGUGGCUGUGUUCCAAUAAAACUAUUUACAAAAACA